AUGGCAACCAUAACUAGGUCACUUGCUCAAGUUUCUUCUUUAGGAUCCACUUCAUCUACAGUUGAAUCAUUAAAUAAGUUCAUUGACUCCUUUAAUGACACAUACAAUAAUUUAUAUUUAACUUCAAACCUCCAGGAUUUAAAGAAGUUUAUAACUGACUCGAUAUCUUCUUUCGAAGAUAUCACGGUUUCUCAACUCUCAGUCAAAUCCGAAAACCUUUUAAUCAAUAAUUUUGAUUCGUUGUCGAAAAUUAAUUAUUCUAUAAAUUUAGGAUACUCUUUGAACAUUUAUAUCCCGGAAAAUAACAACCAGUAUCCUAAUAUUUUGUUAAAAUUUUUAUUGUCAAACAAUGUAGUCAUACACAACUACUAUGAUAAACUUGGUAUACCCAAACUCGACCUUUUGGUCACAAGAUAUCGGAGUUAUAACAUACUGUAUCUAUCCCUUGUGGAUAUAUGCAUUAGGCUCUGCGAGUUUGAAACAGCAUUCGAAAAAGUACUCCAACUUGGGUUUGUACAACACUAUUUGAGACUAGAAAUCGGCAACACAGUGUUUAAAUGGGAUUCUGAGCUUUCGGGAAAGUUCGGAAACGAUUAUGAAAAAAUAAUCAGAGAACUUGAUAAGAGAGGGAUUUAUCUGUCAGUUAAGAAGCAAUUUAAAAGCGACCACUCAAUAAUUGAACACAUGAUUAACUAUUUUAGCAAUAGAAUAGAUUUGGAAAUAUGGUCGAGACUAUUUAAAUUGUAUAUAAGUAUAGAUUCUAUAUAUAACGCGCUGAACAAAAUUGAGUCGUUUCCAAAUUCUGUGAGAAAAAUCAUUCUUUCAAAUGUUAAAUUCUACUUUUCAGAGGCUCCAAUGAGAAAUAUAUCAGUAAAAGUUAGUAAAGAUGGAUCUUCACCUGAAUUCACCUUUGACGAUGAAUAUGAGGUUGUUGAGUUGAGUCUAGUCUCUGAAACACCGAGCCAAUCUUUGAAAAAAUUAGAAGAUGAACAAUUUUUGUCAGAAAUGUCUGGAAGAAUUUCAAAACCCUUAAUAAUUUCUCAUGUUUUCGGAUUAAACUUCGCUUUGCAGUGUUUUUUUGCGGAGGGAAUGGUGAUGUUUGGUCACCUGUGUAGGGAUUUCUAUCACGACGUCUUCCUGUUGGUAUACGCAAUUCUGUUUGACAUCUUACAGAUAUUUGUAGGAAUUAACUUGUACUAUAGAUAUCAAAGAAGAAGAGAGCUUUCCGUAAAACUUUGCUGCGGAUUUCCGAGAAUAUUUAAACUCAAGCUGAAUCACAGCUUAAUGCCGCCAAUUUUCCAGCUUGUCUAUAACCAACACCUAUCGCAAACCAAACUUAACGCAGUAUCACCAGAAUUCAUCAUUCCAAAGUUUCUAGUCAAGUCGUCAAUGAUCAACAAGUUCAGAAAUCCAAUUUUGGGAAUAUAUGAGGUUUCUCCACUCCUAAAGGUGGAUAUGGAGCAUAAUUUUUUAUUCCACGCUCAUAACUCACUGGACUCUAGCCCGAUCCUGUAUGAACGUUUUGCCAUAUUACCAAACACAAGUGCCAAUCGUUCUGAUCAUCCAGUAAACUUUUAUUUGAAUUUUAAUGAGUUUGAUAAGUCUUUAUUAGGGUACAAAUCACGAUCGUCCAGCCUGAAUACAAUGGACUCAUUGAUCAUCAACGGAGUAAAGAUUUCCAAAUUUGAGAAAAAGAGCACUGGUUUCAAUCACAUAGACUUUCUGAGAUCAUUAUAUGAUAAAACCCCUAAAUUUAGAAUUAAGAACUUUGAUAGGAAGGAAUAUUCGUUCAGUGACUAUCAUUUGGGGUUUACAUACUCAGAUGAAGGGAGCUGGAUAAUUAGAGGAUACCCGGACAACGUAUUGUCACUAAUAAUGACAAUAUCAUUCUUUAUAGACGACGUUUACAUGCUUAUACACUACUCCCAGUCACUGGAGUACUUAAAGUAUAAAGAUACACUCAAGACAAAGAACAGAGCAAUUGUACAGACACUACUGCCCUUUUUCCCAAAAAGAUCAUCAAAGGAUGCAAAGAAGAUUAUCUCUUUUCAGAAACACAUCAAGAGGAAGUUCAGGUCACAGCUGGUGUCGUCGAGAAAUUUCAUACCCUUCAUACCUAAUGUAAAAAGGACCUACACGACGUUAACGAAGUUUGUUAUGAAGCCUGACCCCAGACCAAAAUGCGAAGUUUACAUGAAAAAUAACCAGGGGCACGAGUCCAAGAUAUCGUUUAAAGUUACAUCCAGAAAAAGAAGAGAUAAUAUCUCAAGGCCAUCAUUCAGGUACAGGAUGAUGAACCCAAUGCUGAACUCCAACAAGGUCUCAUACGGGAAGUCAUACGUAGACCCGGACUUUAGAUACAGCACAACUAAUCUGAGAUCGCUUUAUAGAUAUAACUCAAAUCUAACAUCGUUUUUGCAUUCAUAUACUAUUGGAGAGAAUACAGAUAAUAACAUGUUCUUUGGCACUCCCUCAAAGUGCAUUCACCUGUCGUUUGGAAUAUCAUUUAAGGACUGUAAUUUCUGUAACAAACUAAACACCUUUAAGCAUAUCAGUCACCUACUGUACCUAAUUGACCUGUUAUCGCAUCAUUUGUUCACUUUAAACACGUCUUAUUCUACAAGCACAGGUUCAUUCCCACACUAUAAAAAUAAGACUAGAAUAAAAACCAUAUAUGAACCUGGAGGGUUAAUGGAAAUCAACAUUAAGAGUGUUGGGAACUUGGAUCUAUCCUUAAGAUUCUUUCAAAUUAUGUCGCAAAUCGAUAAGAACUUUCAUCUCAAGUUGUUUUCAUAUACUAAGAAUCAGUACCCCUUUAAAAUACUGAAGGAGUCCCUCGAAAACACUAUUUUCUUGUCACUGUCGACUGUUUUCCACGAGAGGUACUAUAACCAUCUGGUCUCAAGGCUGGCAAUAUACCACUUAAUGAAGGGGAGAUUUAACAUGGCACUGUCCCUGAUGAUUCAGACUUUAUCGGAGUCUAAUACUUAUAAAAUUAACUACGGAGGAUCAGAAUCGCACCUAAGAGAGAACUAUUUGUGUGAUUUCGACAAGUCGUUCAAGGUCCAACUGAUUAAUAAAAUAUACGUUGAGCUUUUGAAUGAUUUCUAUUCCUUCAGAAAGUUUAAUAAUAUUGAUAAGGAGAGUAAAUUUGUUUGUGACAACUCACAGUUUGAUUCAAAGGAGCAUAAGAACCACGCAUACAAAUUAUGUUUAAUGACAGGGUACUCGUACUUGAUGGAGGCACAAUCCAAGUUUAUGAACACAAUGUCGAUAAUAGAUAAGAGGUUUCGAGAGUUCAGUUCCAGUGUUGAUGUAAACCAAAGAUUUCUUUUCUCAAAUAUAAAAGAGGAUUUUCCAUGUAAUAAACCUGUGGAGACAGACGAAUACAGGUCUACAUUGAAGCUGGCGACUGAACUCCUGCUUAAGGCGGUUACUCUUAACCCUACCGAUUAUAAGUCUUGGUAUUAUCUGGCCCAGUGUAGCAUGUGUUCAAAUGAUUUCCACUUUGCAUAUAAGUGUUGUGAACGUUCAAUUGAUUGCCAUGACUCAUCAUUGGCAUCGCUUUUGACAAUGGUUGUUUGCAACAGUACAAGGAUCAGAACCUGCUCACCCUUUAUCACGGACGAUCAAACUUGGGAAGAAUACCUACAGAUAAAGUCGUUUGAAAACACUGUAUCCUUUAGAUCAAUACCACCACCUUUGGAGCCAAUUUUUAGGCUUGAAUUGAAGACUGUAGGAGAGUUGGAAGGGCACCUUAAAAACUAUGUUGGUGGUGAUCCCGAAAAUUCAAUUUUUGUGCUGAACUCACUUCAAAACUUUGGAAGUAUUUAUGUAUCAAGUGCAAUACUACAAUUGAUGACUAGGCUAGGGACCAGAUUUAAUUCUUAUUUCCCUUGGGAAUACAAGUAUUUGAGUAAGUUUCAAAAGGGUUCUAAAUUUUAUGGUGUUGACAGGGAUUUACAAACAAACUUGGCGUCAGGGUUUGGAAAUUAUGUAAAAAAGAUGGUCUCAGCCUCAGUAGAGGCGAAGUAUAUGUUAUGCUCAGUGCCCUUUAUUAGUCUUGUCUUGGAAGCGUUUUUCCUGAAGAAGUUUAACCUGAGUUGCAGACACCACUGUAGGGCCAUGCAAGGACAAUAUUCCUGUGGGUUUAGUUUAAAUUUUCUGGAAGAGGAACUUUAUGGCUGGAUUACGUGUAUUGAAGUGUUAUCUCAGAUUGGAGAGGUUGAAACAUCAAGACUAUUGUUGCCAAUUCUGGAUGUGUACAUGGAUUACUAUGUUUUGGAUAGGCCAAGUAAAAAGAAGAGUGAUAAGAAUGUUUGUAAAGUAAGUUACCGGAAUAGGAAUAAGAGGAAAUUAGUACAGAGAUAUUUUGGACAGGAUCCUUACUCUUCAAUUGAUAUUCAAUUAGAAAUCAAGUACAUUAACGUAUACACAAGGUCACAUAACAUAGUAAGUAAGGAAUCACUAAAGGAGUUGAUGGAAGAAGUUCUAACACUAAAUUCAAAGUAUUCAUACAGGAAACUCAUUAUGUUACAAAACAGAAUUCAUACAGGGCUUGGCGAAUAUAGUAACUCAGUACAGAUUGGGAACCAGAUACACAGAACGAGUAUGAAAAUUUGGAAAAAUACAGAUUUUGACCUAGAACACAAGAGUCUAUUGGCAUUUGCAUAUGCUCUAGAUAUGUCAGGGGAGACGGAGAAAUCAGAAAAAGUUACCACAUUUGCAAACCAGAUUCAUCUAACGACACCAGUCCUAAAGCUUGACCUAAGCCUUAGUGUGCCGUUGUGAUCAAAUUUUAAAAAUAUUUCAAAUCA